GGGCUUUGAGCCAAAAUGGUAAUUGUUUCCCGAGCUCGUCUCGCGUCUGUCAGCUGAUCACGGCUCAUCCCUUUCGGAAAUACAUUUCUUAAGGGCCCUGGAACAUUGAGUAGUAAGAGAAGGUAAUCAAACCGAAUCAUAUUAUUCGAAUUUAGUUUGCUAACUUGAAUGUCAAUUCAUUGCAACUGGCUAGUAAAUGACGAUAAACCACGCAGAUUAGCUAAUUUUAGCGUUACCUUUCCGUUCUGUCAGUGUCACCUGACUGACUCUACGAUUAGGUUAGCAAGCUAUCUAGCUAGCUAGUAGCUAUAUGGUUUGUUUGUUUGUGAUAAACAACUAAAACUAAGACUGUCUUUCAUAAUUUUUUGGCAUUGUAAUAUGGUAUGUAGAGGCUAGUUAGUUAGCUAGCAAGCUUCCUGAAGCCUAGCUGGUUGUUUGUCUCCUGCUUUUGCGAAGCAGAUGUUAGAAAAGCUCUCGGUCCAGGUAUUGGCACCAGAGCAAGCUAGUUUACCUAGCUACGUACAUGUCUCUGUACCAAUGAAUGAAAUGUGUGUUUUGAUUCUGUGUGGUCAUGGUGAAUUAUUUUAAUUCCAUUAAGUAAUUUAAUUGAUUGAAACAGUACAGUAACUAUAGCUAAGUGUCAUGCCUUUCAUGCCCCAUCAUUAUAGUGAAGUGUCACAUGAUUGAUCUCUGGUUUUCCUCUCUGUACACUUUGCAGACACACUCAGGAUGGACACUUCCAAGCUUCCUAAAAUCCGUGAUGAGGAGCGGGAAAGCGAGUUUGGAUAUGUGCAUGGAGUUUCUGGUCCAGGUUUGUCUAAACAUUAGACUUUUACUAUGGUUACUCCAUGGAUAUCAGUCUGAAAUAAGUGGCUGUAAAAAAGACGGGGAUAGUCUCUACAAGCCAGAAUGUUGAAUACAAUGAUAUUUAAACUUACUUUACCAGUUGUCCAUGCUGUUGGUCCUUUUGGUGAUAGGAAGUGGAAAUGGGUAAACAAAACUUUCCCGUGGUUACCCUGACUUUUUGCGGCGCCGGUAGGUUCUGUUGCUUGUAUUUUCCAUCUCUUGGCGCAUUUCACGUGAUGCACAAUAUGUAAACAAUAACCGAAUGUAACUGAACGUUGUCGACCAAAACGCGUUCCCUCACAUUCAGAUGGAAGUGCUUGUGAAAUUUGCCAGCUGAUUGGUCUAUGCUUUGGUUAAACUCGGCCAUUGUUUAUAUAUUGUGCAAGUCUCAUGCGAAUUGCGUUGGCAUUGAAAAUACAAACCGACAUACACACCAGUGUACUGAAAGUCGGGUUAAUAACACUACUCUGUGGAUAUUUUGUCUCAGAUUACCUCCUACAUAUAGUUCCUGUACCCAAGAAAGCAAAGGUAACUGAACUAAAUUACAAUCGCCCCGUAGCACUCACCUCUGUCAUCAUGAAGUGCUUUGAGAGACUAUCAAGAAUCAUAUCACCUCUACCUUACCUGUCACCCUAGACCCACUUCAAUUUGCUUACUGCCCCAAUAGAUCCACAGACGAUGCAAUCGCCAUCACACUGCCCUAUCCCAUCUGGACAAGAGGAAUACCUAUGUAAGAAUGCUGUUCAUUGACUAUAGCUCAGCAUUCAACACCAUAGUACCCUCGAAGCUCAUCAUUAAGCUUGAGGCCCUGGGUCUGAUCCCCGCCCUGUGCAACUGGGUCCUGGACUUCCUGACGGGCUGCCCCCAGGUGGUGAAGAUAGGAAACAACACCUCCACUUUGCUGAUCCUCAACACUGGGGCCCCGCAAGGGUGCAUGCUCAGCCCCCUCCUGUACUCCCUGUUCACCCAUGACUGCGUGGCCAAGCACGCCUCCAACUCAAUCAUCAAGUUUGCAGACGACACAACAGUAGUAGGCUUGAUAACCAACAAUGACGAGACAGCCUACAGGGAGGAGGUGAGGGCUCUGGGAGUGUGGUGCCAGGAAAAUAACCUCUCACUCAAUGUCAACAAAACAAAGGAGAUGAUCGUGGACUUCAGGAAACAGCAGGGGGUGCACCCCCCUAUCCACAUCGACAGGACCGCAGUGGAGAAGGUGGAAAGCUUCAAGUUCUUUGGCGUACACAUCACUGACAAACUGAAAUGGUCCACCCACACAGACAGUGUGGCGAAGAAGGCACAACAGAGCCUCUUCAAUCUCAGGAGGCUGAAGAAAUUUGGCUUGGCCCCUAAGACCCUCACAAACCUUUACAGAUGCACAAUUGAGAGCAUCCUGUCGGGCUGUAUCACCACCUGGUACGGCAACUGCACCGUCCACAACCGCAGGGCUCUCCAGAGGGUUGUGCGGUCUGCCCAACGCAUUACCGGGGGCAAAUGACCCGCCCUCCAGGACACCUACAGCACCCGAUGUCACAGGAAGGCCAAAAAGAUCAUCAAGGACAUCAACCACCCGAGCCACUGCUUGUUCACCCCACUAUCAUCCAGAAGGCGAGGUCAGUACAGGUGUGCCAAAGCUGGGACCGAGAGACUGAAAAACAGCUUCUAUCUCAAGGCCAUCAGACUGUUAAAUAGCCAUCACUAGCACAUUAGAGGCUGCUGCCUAUAGACAUAGACUAGAAAGCACUGGCCACUUUAAGAAAUGGAACACUAGUCACUUUAAUAAUGUUUACAUAUCUUGCAUUACUCAUCUCAUAUGUGUAUAUACUGUAUUCUAUACUAUUCUACUGUAUCUUAGUCCAUGCCGCUCUGUCAUUGCUCGUCCAUAUAUGUAUAUAUUCUUAAUUCCAUUCCUUACUUAGAUUUGUGUGUAUUGGGUAUAUGUUCUGAAAUUGUUAGAUAUUACAUGUUAGAUAUUACUGCACUGUCGGAGCUAGAAGCACAAGCAUGUCACUACACCCGCAAUAACAUCUUCUAAACACGUGAAUGUGACAAAUAAAAUUUGAUUUGACAUAAAGACAAAAUCAGCGGACAACAGGUAAAGUAGGUUCAAAUGAAGUUUAUUCAACAGUCUUACUUGUGAUGGGACUGUUCACAAAAAGUGAGCCUACAUGUUAGAGAGGAGUCUUCCACUCUCGGAUUCAUAGAGGCUAGGUCCAGGUCAGUGUCUGAAGUUCCAAUCAAUCAUCCCAGGCUCUGGCCUGGGAGUGGUAACUCCCAUGCCAAUGCCAAACCUAAGCUUUAGUUCAGUGGGCUAACAAAGUUUUCAGCAUAUUAUUUUUCACCUGGUCAAUUAGGCCUGCUCUGUUCCAAUAUGGCAAACAUAUCUGUUUAGACUUGAUCGUGUAGCCAGACUCAGUGCUACUUGCAAAUAACAUGUUUUCUGUCAUCUGUUCUUUGUCUAACCUGUUUAACCAACAGUGGUGACGGCCACCGCCAUGGCAGGAGCGGCCAUGUACGAGCUGGUGCGUGUGGGCCACAGUGAGCUGGUGGGAGAGAUCAUCAGGCUGGAGGGAGACAUGGCAACUAUUCAGGUCUACGAGGAGACCUGUAUCCUUUUCAGUCAUACCUGCUUUACUGCUAGACAUAGUUACACCCACCUUCACUCAAUGUUGAUGGUUCAGUUACUCUUGUGUACUUCCAUUCUGAUGUCUUCUAGCCUUUCCUCUUAUCGGGCAUAUACUAGGCUAUAUGGUUAGGUUUCCUGAAUGUAUGCCACAGCUGGUGUGUCUGUCGGAGACCCUGUCCUUCGGACAGGAAAGCCCCUGUCUGUAGAGUUGGGGCCGGGAAUCAUGGGCUCCAUCUUUGAUGGUAUCCAGCGUCCCCUCAAAGACAUCAAUGACCUCACUCAAAGCAUUUAUAUCCCUAGAGGAGUAAACAUUGGAGCCCUCAACCGUGACCUCAAGUGGGAGUUUACACCUGGCCAGAGUCUUAGAGUAAGAAAAAAAAAAAAUGUAUUUUCAUUGUGUAAGGUGUGUUUGAAUGUGUGUCCCCACUGAAAUAUGAUCCAUCUCCUAAAUUUACAUAUUAUGUACUCUACCUCCCCUUGUCCUCAGACCGGCAGUCACAUAACAGGUGGGGAUAUCUAUGGCACAGUGUUUGAGAACUCCCUGAUCAAGCACAAGUUGAUGCUCCCACCCCGGAGCAGAGGCACUGUCACCUACGUGGCCCCACCUGGAAACUAUGAUGUCAAUGUGAGUCACCCUCCACCUACUAACGUCUUUGCAGCUGAAUAAAGCUACUUGGAUGUGAAUGGCAUAAUCCCAUUCUCUUGUCUCUGUUGUUUGGUUAAUUGUGUGUGUGUAUCAGCAGGAUGUGGUGCUGGAACUUGAGUUUGAGGGUGUGAAGGAGAAAUUUACCAUGAUCCAGGUCUGGCCAGUGCGACAGAUUCGCCCGGUCACAGAGAAGCUGCCUGCCAAUCACCCCCUGCUUACUGGCCAGAGAGUGCUGGAUGCCCUCUUCCCGUGAGUUAUACCUAUUUCAAUUUUUUUCUUCCUUUUUUCUACUCACCUCAUGCCACUUUAUAGCCUUUCCUCCUGACACUUCCUUGGACUGAACCCUCUAACAAGCCAUCUGCUUCUGGCUCUGUUUUUUCUCACAGGUGUGUCCAGGGAGGCACCACUGCUAUCCCAGGAGCCUUUGGUUGUGGCAAGACUGUGAUCUCACAGUCCCUGUCCAAGUAUUCCAACAGUGAUGUCAUCAUCUAUGUGGGCUGUGGAGAGCGUGGAAAUGAGAUGUCUGAAGUUUUGAGAGAUUUCCCUGAGGUUAGUGACCGUACGCGUGUCAAGUUCUAAUAAUUGACAACAUGUUCAUGAGAUUACAGGGAAUUACACUACUAGGGUGUCUGGCAUAGCCGAUCACCAGUUUGUGAUGUGUUCUCAGUCUGACCAAUGGUAUUCCUCCCUGCUCCAUAGCUUACAAUGGAAGUGGAUGGAAAGGUUGAAAGUAUCAUGAAGAGAACAGCGCUAGUGGCCAACACUUCCAACAUGCCUGUCGCUGCUAGAGAGGCCUCCAUUUACACAGGUACCAGCCAAUCACAUUACAGAUGGCAACACUGAACAAAAAUAUAACCGCAACAUGCAACAAUUUCACAGAUUUUACUAAAUUACAUGACUGGGAAUACAGAUAUGCAUCUGUUGGUCACAGAUUGCUAAAAGUAGGGGCGUGGAUCAGAAAACCAGUCAGUAUCUGGUGUGACCACCAUUUGCCUCAUGCAGCGCGACAUGUCCUUCGCAUAGAGUUGAUCAGGCUGUUGAUUGUGGCCUGUGGAAUGGCUGUGCAAAGUUGCUGGAUAUUGGCAUGAACUGGAACACGCUGUCUUACACGUUGAUCCAGAGCAUCCCAAAUGUGCUGAAUGGGUGACAUGUCUGAGUAUGCAGUCCAUGGAAGAACUUGGACAUUUUCAGCUUCCAGGAAUUGUGUAAAGAUCCUUGCGACAGGGGCUGAGGUGAAACAUGAGGUGAUGGCGGUGGAUGGAUGGCACGACAAUGGGCCUAAGGAUCUCACCACGGUAUCUCUGUGCAUUGAAAUUGCCAUCGAUAAAAUGCAAUUGUGUUCAUUGUCCGUAGCUUAUGCCUGCCCAUACCAUAACCCCACCACGGGGCACUCUGUUCACAACGUUGACAUCAGCAAACCGCUCGCCCACACAACGCCAUCUUCCUGGUACAGUUGAAAGGUGAGCAUUUGCCCACUGAAGUCGCUUAAGGACGCCGAACUGCAGUCAGGUCAAGACCUUUGUGAGGACGACGAGCACGCAGAUGAGCUUCCCUGAGACAGUUUAUGACAGUUUAUGCAGAACUUCUUCGGUUGUGCAAACCCACAGUUUUAUCAGCUGUCCAGGUGGCUGGUCUAAGACGACCCGCAGGUGAAAAAGCCGGAUGUGGAGGUCCUGGACUGGCGUGGUUACACGUGGUCUGUGUUUGUGAGGCCAGUUGGACGUACUGCCAAAUUCUCUAAAAUGACGUUGGAGGUGGCUUAUGGUAGAGAAAUUAACAUUCAGUUCUCUGGCAACAGCUCUGGUGGACAUUCUUGCAGUCAGCAUGCCGAUUGCACGCUCCCUCAACUUGUGGCAUUGUGUUUGGUGACAAAACUGCACAUUUUAGAGUGGCCUUUUAUUGUCCCCAGCACGAGGUGCACAUGUAUAAUGAUCAUGCUGUUUAAUUCGCUUCUUGAUACACCGCACAUGUCAGGUGGAUGGAUUAUAUUGCCAAAGGAGAAUUGCUCACUAACAGGGAUGUAAACAAAUUUGUGCACAAAAUUUGAGAGAAAUAAGCUUUUUGUGUGUAUGGAACAUUUCUGGGAUCUUUUAUUUCAGCUCAUGAAACAUGGGACCAACACUUUACAUGUUGCGUUUAUAUUUUGGUUCAGUAUAGCUGGAGUUUACAGUUGUAAAUAAUGUUUGAUGAAGGGUUGGGAAUCCUUUGUUCUGGACUGUUGGGGGAUGAGUCACCGCUCACUCAUAACCUUGUAUUGACUCUGAUUCUGUGCUUUUGAUUCUGACUUGUGUGUGCCACUGCAGGAAUCACUCUGUCUGAGUACUUCAGAGACAUGGGCUACAACGUCAGUAUGAUGGCCGACUCCACCUCCCGAUGGGCAGAGGCUCUCCGGGAGAUCUCAGGACGAUUAGCUGAGAUGCCUGCUGGUGAGUACACUGAGCCAAAAGCAAUGGAAGAUGGUUAUCUGUAAACCUAUCACCGCAACAUGUCUGUCAUUUUGAACCAGUCAGAGCUCUGUGUGCUGUUUGUCCACAGACAGCGGGUACCCUGCCUACCUGGGAGCCAGACUAGCCUCCUUCUAUGAGCGUGCUGGCAGGGUGAAGUGCCUGGGCAACCCAGAGAGAGAGGGCAGCGUCAGCAUUGUUGGAGCGUGAGUACUACAUCAUUCUACCAGCAGGGGGAACCUCUAUCACCCUCCUUCCUCCUGGCGCUAAGGGUCAGACGGGUUCUGUCCUGUACCAGUCCUGCAACACCAGAUACCUCGACUAUGUAGUCUAAUCCUCAUAACGUACAGUAUGAUACAGUGAUGGCAGACUGUGGUGUCUGAAUAACUUGGCCUUGUGUUAUUUCCCCUAGUGUGUCCCCCCCUGGUGGAGACUUCUCUGAUCCUGUUACUUCAGCUACACUGGGUAUUGUACAGGUAAUGCCUCAAUGGUAUAUAUUAAAACUUUAGUGACAAUUUUAUGUUCAGACAAUUUAAACCUUUACUCUUCCUACUCCUCAUUCCUGUUUUUAUCCUCUCUCUCUCUCUCGCUCUCUCUCUUGCUCUCUCUCUCUCUCCAUCUCUCAGGUGUUCUGGGGUCUGGAUAAGAAGCUGGCCCAGAGAAAGCAUUUCCCCUCAGUGAACUGGCUGAUCAGCUACAGCAAGUACACGCGGGCGCUGGACGAGUACUACGACAAGCACUUCCCUGAGUUUGUGCCGCUUCGCACCAAAACCAAGGAGAUCCUGCAGGAGGAGGAGGAUCUGGCUGAGAUAGUACAGCUUGUGGGAAAGGUGAGGCUGAGGCCAUGUGAGGAAGGGUUAUGGGUUGAUACACUGCCUAGGUUGAUGGUGAGCAUGUGUAUGCACGCACUAUGCACUCAUUUCUGUGCCCCCUGCCAUCUUAAUAACAGGCAUCUCUCGCUGAGACCGACAAGAUCACAUUGGAGGUUGCUAAACUACUCAAGGACGACUUCCUGCAGCAGAAUGGCUAUACUCCAUACGACAGGUAAAUACACGCACAUCUGUGUGUCAUAGACGUACUAAAUUGACUUAAUCAUCGAUUAUUAUGCACAUAUUUAUGAAUUGAUUGACUUUAUGCCCCUUCCCGAAGGUUCUGCCCAUUCUACAAAACAGUGGGCAUCCUCUCCAAUACAAUUGCGUUCUACGACUUGGCGCGACAUGCAGUGGAGACCACGGCUCAGAGUGACAACAAGAUCACCUGGUCCAUGAUCCGGGAGCACAUGGGAGAGAUCCUCUACAGGCUCAGCUCCAUGAAGUUCAAGGUACAUGCUUGUUCAGCCCCUUGCUUUAUCCAUGGUCCACUGCAUGAAAAUCAACUUCCCCAGUCCCUCUACCACCUCUGGUCUUCUUUAUACAUCCAAUGUUGGACUUUGUCUUUGAGUUUCAUUGUGCUUCGCUGUGUCUCUGUAUACCUCUGUUGUUUCAGGACCCAGUGAAGGAGGGCGAGGUCAAAAUCAAAGCAGACUACGCCCAGCUACUGGAGGACAUGCAGAACGCCUUCCGUACCCUGGAGGACUGAGCUCUCACCUCCCCCUCCACUCUGAGCCCCCCAGUCCCAGUGCUGUGCCGUGCAGUAUCUCAGUGGCCCGUUUGUGAAACCUUGCUGCAGUGACAGUCACCUCAGUCAUUCCUAAGUGUUCAUUCCUCCACAUUCCAAUACUAUGUUCAAGCCCUUCAUUACAACCAUGCUCUUUUUAUUUCACAAUAUUGUCUUGUACAAGGCAAUACUGGAAUAAUUUUUCUCAACUUAAAUUCAUUGCUACCAAAUCUCACCAUUAGUCUAUUACCAUUAGAAAUACCAUUAUCCCUGACCCCAUCGCAUGGAUGUGCUCCUCCUCACCCUUCAGCCCCCUUGUCAUCCAUGAGAACAUGACUACAGCCCUUAUUGCAGGCCAAUAAUCAGUGGGCCCUGAUCAGGUGCUACACUUGCACUUAGCUACUAGCUGCAACACAGGGCCCCUCCAGCGGAGUGUCACUUUCAUCUCCCAGGUGGGACCACCACCAAUUGAUUGUUAACAAAAAUGGGAAUGUACACAUGAGUAAAGGGACAGAGGCACCUUGUUUAUUUCAGGAGGUUGAGGCCCUCUUCCUCUCCCCACCUCACAGAUGUGAUUUUUGCGGUGUAUUGAUGUUGUUGACGUUAAUGUUGUUUUUGUGUGGAUGUGUGAGACUGAGACGGUGUGUGUGUUACAAUCGGUUGUCUCCACAAAGGUAUAUUUAUGUCACAUGUAUUGUAAGGAGUCUCUAAAGAAAAUAAAUUAAUGGGA